AUGUUCGGCCGCCGUCGUGCCCACGCCCCCAUGACCAGCACCAGGACCACCCGUCCCAUGGGUUCCGGCCUCUUCGGCCGCCGUCGCGCUCACCACACCACACCCAUGACAACCACCCACACCACCCACACCACCCGCCGCCGCGGUUACGGCCGCAAGAGGCACCACGGACAAGGAAUGGUUGCCCCCGCUGCUGCUACCACCAUGGGCACCACAGCCGCCGUUCAUCACCAUCAAAAGCGCAAGACGAGCCUCGGCGAUAAGAUCAGCGGGGCGCUGAUGAAGAUCAAGGGGAGCAUUACGGGACGGCCGGGACAGAAGGCUGCGGGGACGAGGAGGAUGCGGGGGACGGAUGGACGGGGGAGGAGGAGACAUUAUUAAAGGGAAAUCAGUAUUGAGUAUUGACAGUUGAGUGGGAGCGGGCAGUUGUAAGAUUAUUGUGCAGUCCGCUUUGUCAUGUCUCUUUCUUUUGUUCUGAUGAUGGAUAUGUACUUGUAUGUGGAGGCAGAAGCAGAGAGAGAUACCCUUGAAUGCACAAAUGAAACUUCAU